AUGAAAAUCGUCAUAAUCACUCUUCUAGAACAGAAAAUUGCAGGUUGUAACGUCUUUCAACCUAGUCAUAUAUUUGACGCGGAGUGGUGCCUUGAUCUCCAUGGUUUUCGUAAUCGCCAAGCGUUUGAAGACCAACUACGUGACAUCAAUAAUUUUAUUACCCAAUACCCCCUAUUGAGCGAAAGAGCAAAGAAGUUCAUCAUGAAAACCUGCGGUGGAGUGUGUCUGUUCAUAGCUCUAAUUUUGAUUAUAACUAUUUACACUCAGGCAUCUUCUUUUAUUUUUCCUGGCAUCAUAAUCGAAAUAUGUCUUGCUGUCGGAUACUAUGUGGCCCAAAGGGUGAUUGAAAACAUAGCAACGAGACGCGCCAGAAUAUUUAAUACUGCUGUAAAGGGGCUGUUCACCCAAUAUAACCUUCGAGAUAAUCCAACUGCCAAUUGGACCCUCGUGUGGCGCACCACUAUCACCCAUUACACGAUAAAUGCAACAUCUAUUGAUGGGAAUAUUAAAGGGGAAAUUACGCCGAAAUUUGCUGAGUAUGUAGAGAUAGUGCUAGAAAUCAAUGACGCACUCUCGGAUCUUACUGCUCAUACCGUUCAUGUGAAAAAUACCGAAGGAUUCAGGUCCUUACCCCCUGCCACUGCCGCCACAUGCACACAUUGCGCACAUUGCAUACAUGAUCCUCAUAACCAAUAUAAGACUCAGUAA